CACAAAUCACCACCUUCACAGGCAAAAAACCCGAGCAAUUACCAGAACAACAGAGGAUGGCAAUGGCGCCAUUGCCCGCACAAGCUUGCUCGUCUCCCUCCUCCACCACAUCACCUCUCCUCCCUUCCUCACCGUCCAUCUCCUCGUUUCUUGCCUCCCACCCGGCCCUCACCCUCCUCCACACGCAAUGCGCCACCAUGGCCCACCUCCGCCAGCUCCACGCCGCGCUCGUCAAGUCCGGCCUAGCCAAAGAUCCCAUCGCCGCCAGCCGCGCCGUCGCCUUCUGCGCCGGCGAAGGACGCGAUGCCGCCUACGCCGCGCGCCUCGUCAGGUACCACCGGAAGCCCAACUCGUUCAUGUGGAACACCGCCAUAAGAGCGCUGUCCGACGGUCCCGGACCGAACGCCGCAGUGGCGCUGUUCCUCGACAUGCUCCGGUCGCCCACGCCACCGGAGCGUCGCACGUUCCCGUCGCUGUUCGCGGCAUACGCGCGCCUCGGCCGCGCCGACGACGGCGCGGCGCUCCACGGCAUGGUGCUGAAGCUCGGCCUCGCCGGGGACGCGUACACGCGCAACUCCAUGAUCGCCAUGUACGCAUCCUGCGGCCGGGCCGACGAGGCGCUGGCGCUCUUCGGGCAGUGCCAGGCGUUCGACGUCGUUGCGUGCAACAGCGCGAUCGUGGCGCUCGCGAGGGCCGGGCGCGUCGACGAGGCGCGCGCGGUGUUCGACGGCAUGCCGUCCAGGACCGUGGCGACGUGGAGCGCCAUGGUGAGCGCCUACUCCCGCGCCGCCAGGUGCCAGGACGCCGUGGACCUCUUCUCCGCGAUGCAGGCGGACGGCGUGGAGCCGAACGCCAACGUGCUCGUCAGCGUCCUCGGCUGCUGCGCCAGCCUCGGCGCGCUGGAGCAGGGCGCGUGGGUGCACGCGUACAUCGACCGGCGCGGCGUCGCCGUGAACGCGCUCGUGGUGACCGCCCUGGUGGACAUGUACUGCAAGUGCGGCUCGAUACAAAAAGCUCGCCAGGUGUUCGACACCUCUAGGUCGCAGGGCUUGGCCGUGCUGUCGUCCUGGAACGCCAUGAUGCUUGGGCUGGCAGUGCACGGGCAAUGGCAAGAUGCUGCCGCCUUGUUCUCCGAGCUGGAAACUUACGGGCUGAGACCUGACAACGUCACCUUCAUCGCGAUCCUGAUGGCGUACGGCCACUCCGGCAUGGCCGACCAGGCGAAGGCUCUGUUCGUGUCAAUGGCGAGCGACUACGGCGUUACGCCGGGGAUUGAGCACUACGGUUGCCUCGUCGACGCGCUCGCACGGGCCGGAAGGCUCCGGGAGGCCGAGGACGUCAUCCGGGCAAUGCCGAUGAAGCCGGACGCGGCCAUUUGGGGUGCCCUGCUCUCCGGAUGCCGCUUGCACGGCGACGCCGAGGCGGCGGCGCGUGCGGCACGGGAAGCCGUGGAAUGCGAUCCACAGGACAGCGGCGCGUACGUGCUUGCGGCAGGUGUGUUGGCACGCGACGGCGAGGUCGGGCGCGGCUUGGGCGUUAGGGAGAAGAUGAGGGAGGAGGGGGUGGCCAAAGUGCCCGGGUGUAGCAUGAUCGAGGUGAACGGUGUUGUGCACGAGUUCGUCAGCUAGUACACUACACUACAGUGUUGUGGUACGCAAAAACACAUGAGGAUAUCGAGUUAAAGGUGGAUGG